AUGGGAAAGCCGUCUACUUUACGCAGAAGGUUGCCUCAGCUGUUCGCGGCGCUCUCAGCGACGCUGGGCGGCUUUUCGCUGGGCGCGGUGCUGGGUUGGACGUCGCCCGCGUCGGAGCCGCUGCGGCGGCAGCUGGGCCUGUCCGACGAGACGGUGUCGUGGCUGGCGGGCGUGACGCCGCUGGGCGCCCUGGCGGCCAUGUUGGCGGCGGCCGUGCUGCUGGACCGCGUGGGCCGGCGGCGCGCGCUGCUGGCCACGGCGCCGCCCUUCGUCGCCGGCUGGCUGCUGCUCGCCUUCUGCCGGCACCCCGCAGCACUGCUCGCCGGCCGCUUCGUCACCGGCUUCUGCGGCGGCGCCUUCUCCACCGCGGCACCCGUCUACAUCGGGGAGAUCGCCGAAAAAGACAUCCGCGGAGCUCUCGGAGUCUGCUACCAGCUGCUGCUCACUGGAGGCAUCCUGUACGUGUACGUGGUGGGCAAGUGGGCCCCUCUGGUGUGGCUCUCCGUGGUGUGCGCCAUCCCACCCAUCCUGUUCUUCGUGCUGUUCUUCUUCGUGCCGGAGUCGCCCAUCUUCCUGCUGUCCAAGGACAGGCGGGAGGAGGCCAUCCGAGCUCUGCACUGGUUCCGCGGUGGCGAUGAGGCUGACAUCACUGACGACCUGGCUGAGAUGGAGCAGUCUGUGACGGAGACUAAGGAGCGCACUGGCUCUCUGCGGGACAUGUUCACGUCUCGCGCGGCGGUGCGAGGCCUGGCAAUAGGCGUGGGCCUGCAGCUGGCGCAGCAGCUGUCCGGCGUCAACAUCAUCAUCUUCUUCUCCGUGCCCAUCUUUGUGGCCGCCGGCACCUCCAUGGACCCCAGCGACUGCGCCAUUGUUGUCGGCGUCGUCCAGGUGGCGUCGACGCUGCUGUCGACCCUGCUGGUGGAGCGCGCGGGCCGCCGCGUGUGGCUGGUGCUGUCGCUGUCGGGCAUGGGCGCGUGCAUGGUGGUGCUGGGCAUCUACUUCCACCUCAAGCAGCACAACGCGGUGGCCGUGUCCGGUGUCGGCUGGUUGCCAUUGCUCGCCAUGUGCGCCUACCUGCUCACCUACUCCCUGGGCACCGGCCCGCUGCCCUGGGCCAUGAUCGGCGAACUCUUCCCCGGCGAGAUCAAGGGCAUCGCCAGCUCCAUCUGCGGCGGCGCCAACUGGAUCCUCUGCUUCAUCGUCUCCAAGACGUUCACCAACCUGGUGGACGCUUUCGGCACUGCCAUCACCUUCUGGGUGUACGCGGGCAUCUGUUUUGUGGCUGCCACCUGGAUCUUCUUCUUCGUCAUCGAGACCAGAAACAAGCCACUUGCGCAGAUACAGAAGGAACUUGCGGGGAAGUCAUGA